CUUAAGUUUAAAUUUCAGAUAAAUCAGUCUUUCGGUCAGACUUUUGUUAAUGUAUAUAUGACAGUUAUUCUCAGUCGUAGUGAACAUUUGAAAUAAUUGGGAACAAACAAUGAUAAAUAAAUAUCUUAAAUAAAGUGAAGUUCAGUAAAAUACCAAGGUGUGCUUAUUGCAAAAUGCUGUUCAAGUUUUUAUGCAUUCUUGGAAUAUGCAGCGGUUUUACAAGAUUUGCGUCAUGUUUCCUUUUACCAACAGUAUCACCUGCAGGGUUGUGUACAAAUGCAACGUGUCUGCAUGGUUCAUGUACGCUAACCAACGGCGUCUACAGCUGCUCAUGCAACACAGGAUGGAAAGGCAGCCAGUGUCAAACAGAUGUGAAUGAAUGUGAUAAACAUCCGUGUCAGAAUAGAGGGAAGUGCUUAAAUUCAGCCGGGGGCUACUCAUGUUCGUGUACUAAUGGCUGGGAAGGCUUUAAUUGUGAUCAAGAUGUUGACGAAUGUACGAGAAACCCGUGCUCACAUCAAACAUUAACUUGCCUAAAUACUGAUGGUUCUUAUAGUUGCCAGUGUUCCAGUGGAUGGACAGGCUGUAGAUGCGAGACAGAUAUAGAUGAAUGUGUUAUGUACCGGUUUUGUGAAAACGGAGCAACUUGUUUGAACACUCCGGGAGGUUUUACUUGCUCAUGUGCAAGUGGUUGGACCGGGACUCAGUGUCAGACUGAUAUCAACGAAUGUACGAACAACCCAUGCAGACAUGGUUCAUGUACAAAUACCCGAGGAUCAUACAGAUGUGUUUGUUCUCCUGGAUGGACUGGUUCCAACUGUCAUACAGAGACAAUAACAACAAAGUCUCCAUUACCAGCCACAAGUGGUGUGAGCAACAAUUUGAAUACAAGCACGAAUAUUCCCUCAUGGCUUGAAUGGGGCGCUUGGGAAUGCCACAACGUUGAUUUUGGAUGUUUACAAUCCAGAUGGCGACAUUGUUCUAAUUCACAGAUUAGGUGCAUAGGUGACCAUUACGAUCUGGCAUCAUGUAAUCAAAAAAGCUGUACUGGUAAGAAAAUAGGUGCGUUCGUAAAUGCAGCAACAACUGAAGUACCAGGUGCAUCAGCAACAUCUGUUCCGUCAUUAUUGACGUCAACAAAAACAUCUUCUCCUCCUGCUGCUACCCAUUCAUCUGUACCGCCUACUUCUUCUCCUACUACUGCCCCUUCACCACUAUGGCCUACUUCUCCUACUGCUGCCCUUUCACCUGUACCGCCUACUUCUUCUCCUACUGCUGCCCCUAUUUAUUGGUUAGAAUGGACAGGCUGGGACUGUCAAGAAACACUGGGUCUGUGCUUAAUGAAAAACAUAAGAAAUUGUUCAACUUACAAUCCAGAUGACUGUGAGGAUAAACUGGGAGGCAGCUUUUACGAAGUUCAUCAAUGCAGAAAAGAAAUAUGCCCAGCUAAUUGGUUAGAGUGGGGAGAAUGGAAGUGUAGGAUGGGAUUAAACGGCUCUUGUAAUAUGACACGGAAUAGGGAAUGUUCAACAGGUAAUUCCCAUGCAUGUGGACCAAAGUCAUCGAUGACAGUUCCAUGUGAAAAACAUGUUUGUCCAGACAAGGUCGAGCUUCAUGAGUCAGGCAGAUGCAUAGGCUAUAAUGGUACUAGUUGCACAGAUGCCUCAAGUUGCAACAUCAUUACUGAUCCACAUGCGUUUAUUUGUCAAUUUAAAGAUACGGCAGCUAAAUCUUGUCCAAAGGCAUGCGGCUGUUGUGAAGAUGAGCCCCACUGGUCGGAAUGGAAUGACUGGAAAUGUAGCAUGUUCCCAAACAACACGUGCAGAAUGAAACGGACAAGAAAAUGUUCAACUACCAAUACAAAUGAAUGUAAAGGAAUGUCUGAACUAACAGCAGCGUGUUCUGACAGCAUUUGUUCAGAACUGACUGGUGUUGUUACCAAGUGCAAGGAUUUUGAUUCCCGAAUUACGAAGUGCGUAGACGUUGCUGAAUGCACUGAAUUUAAACCAUACUUAGACGUUCUAUGUUCAGAGCCGAGUGAAGCCACAAAAUGUCCAGUUUCUUGUGGCUGCUGUGCUUCAUCUCUUCACUUGACAACAAUUCCGCCAACCACAAGUGGGUCCAUAUCAACGUUAACUACAGCCUUACCUACUCACGUGUCAACAAUUCUGCCAAACACAAUUGGGUCCAUAUCAACGUUGACAACAGCUAAAAGUUCGGCACAAUGGUCUGAAUGGUUUUAUGGAAAGUGUUCUGUUAGUUGUGGUAAUGGAACAACCAACAGACUGCGGCAUUGCAAUACCGGACGUGACGUGGAUUGUGCCGGGAAACCAUUUGAGACGGUCCCUUGUACUGCCAGCAACUGUCCAGUUGAUGGGGUAUGGUCUGAAUGGACACAGUGGAGCACGUGCACCGAGACCUGUGGUGAUGGAAUGCACUCACGGAUAAGGAAUUGCGACAAUCCUGCUCCACAACAUGACGGAUUACAAUGCAGUGGAACACACAACGAAACAACUGCUUGCAAAUAUAUGGAUUGUCCUCACUGGUCGGCUUUUCAGAAUAUUACAUCAUGCAGCGUAACGUGUGGUACGGGCUUCGUACAACUGAAACGGUUCUGUAGUACAGGGAAUCAGUCUGAUUGUACCGGAAGUGCUUACACCGAGAUGCUAUGCAAUUUACAGAAAUGCUUGUAAAUUAGCAACAGUUUCUAUUUUGCAAUAGAAUCUUAGUAUAAAGAAUCUUGUGUGCGUUUU